UACAUUUGACAGUUUUAAUGAAUCAUGUACAAACCUCGGGUACUGAAAAAAAAAAUCGAAAGUGGCUUCACGGUACAAGACCGCCUGCCUGUCACAUUAUUCGAAUCGCUGGCCAGUUUAAUUAUGUUAGUUAGCCGAUGACGUUACGCUACGCUCGCCGUAAAUAUUUGCUAACCUUUUAUCUGCGGGCUAACAUUGUCGCUUUCGUUUUUUUUUUCUUCAUGUGGCCUGUUAGUAUAAAAAUGUACAUAUAUUCUUAACUAUUUAGCGUGACGUUCACUGUGUAUUUUCGUCACUGGACGGCGGCGCUGUUAAUGGAAAGCAGCGGGGGGCGGCCUGGGCUGGAAUACACUCACGUCCACUUUCGGAACUGUCAACUGGGUAUCCGGAGAAAUCCAGAGAAAAGCAGUGAUGUCGCUGCGCUGUCACCGCACGGGAGGGGGCAGCCUCAACCGGCCGGGGAAGAAAAUAUUGUGAAGUGGCAGCAGGCCUAUGUCACCAGAGAUGCCACAGAGAAUGCAGACCCAUGAAGUCAUGCCCGCUCCGAAGCAGCCUCCGCCCAAAUCGCCUGAUCAUUCAUAUGGAGAUGAACGACACCCGGUGGCUGAUGGAAGGCUUCUCGGGUUGCAGGAAGACGUCAGCAAAGUCAAAUCUGACCUGGACAAUGCCCACGGGUGUAUAAAACUCUUACUUAUCCAAGUGGCCGAGAGGGACAAAAAGAUUGAUAAUCUGAAUCAUGCACUUCAUGGACCUCGUGAUGCCAUCUCUUUGGAUGCUCAGAACCACACCAAUAAGAAACUGAUUGCCUACCUUACCCUUCAGAUCGAGUAUCUGCAAGAGAGCAACAGGACGCUGGAGCAGAAGCUGGAAGCACUACAGGACAAGUCCUCCGCCGAAGUGGCCGACCUCUCCCUGAAGAACAUCGAACUGUGUCGAGAGCUGACGCAAAAGAACAACUUGAUCAAGCAGACCAAGAUGGACAAGAAGCGAGUGCUGAACAUCGCUUACCGGAACUUGUCCGCUUCCAAAGAGGUCAUUAUAAGUCAACAGGAAGUCAUUAAAGAUUUAGAGGAUAACCUUGUAAAAAUGAGAGCGGAGACCCGAGAGACGAAUUCAGGUACUAUAAUCGGAUUGGAUCGGAUUAUUGACCUGGAAAAUGCCGUCAAGAACCUGGAGCGAGAGAGGCUGGAGUUGCGUUCACAGCUCUCGCUGCUGAGAGACGCCAAGUGGAAUGCGGAGCCGCGGUGGGACUAUCAGCCUGCCGAGCGGCUUCAGGACGCAGAGAAGGAGGAAGAGGCGGCGGCCGCAACAAAGCGGAGGAAAGCAGCUCACGUGCCAAGUCAACAGCAGGGUUUGCCAAAAAGCCAGGAGAGGGAUCUCGCCGCCCCGCCACAAUGGCUGCAUGACCCCCAAGAAAGCAUUGUUCAAGAGAACAUGAGGUUGCAAGAUGACCUGACUGCACUGACCAAAGAGAAGCAAGCUACACACGCUGGGAUGGAGGUGGUCCUGCGCGAGCGGGACGAACUCAAGCUGAGCGUGCACUCUUACGCCAACGCAAUGUACAGGGUCGAGGACCUGCUGAGGACAAAGGAUCAGGAGAAUUUCGAGCUGGUGGCGCGCCUGCGAGCGGCCCAAUCGGACCUGCAAGAGCGGGAGCGGAGGCUGCAGGAGGUGGAGGACCUGAUUGCCGCCAUUGGCGUUGAGCUGCGCAAAGCCCAGGAUGGGCCGGCCGCUCUCCUCUCCGACCUGGCCUGCAUCCGGGAGGUCUGCGCUAGACUGGACACGGACAAGGAGCUCGCCGCGUGUGCCCUUACAUCCAAAAGCAUCGAGCUUGACUUGGUUAAAAAGCAACUGGAGAGUGAGAAGGCGACCGUGUGCAACCUCGAGACGCUGCUUGCCACCGCUCUUCAGAAGGUCAGCGACAGGGAGGCCAAGCUGAGGGCGCUGCGAGACAGGCUCACCGCCCCAGCGGAGAACAUGACCGGCGACUGCAACCGUGCGAGCGAGGUGGCCAAUCCUCAAGCGCCUGAGCGACAGAUGGAGAUGAACAACCGAACAAACGCUCGAUCGACCGGCGAGCAACACGUGAGCUUCAGGGACUGACUUGCAGCGAGACCGCCUUCCAAAAAAUGAUGCUUUCGAGCUGCUGACUGGAGCGCACGACAUAAGAGGA